AUGGCCAACUCAGAGUCUCCCGCUUUCCGCGGGUGCCACUGCUUCCCCCGAGCUUGGUGUGCGUGGCUGGGGGCGACGUUGCUGCUUCUCGUGGACUGGUUGCUGCUCAGAGCAGUCAUCUUCCUGGUGCCCAAGGGUCUGCCGCUCCUCUGGGUCUGGGCGGUGGGUCUGAGCCGCUGGGCUGUGCUGAGGCUGGGGGCCUGCGGGAUUCUCAGGGUCACGGCCAACUCCCAGAAAGAAAGCGCACGAGGCCAGGGUUGGCUGGCUGUUUUAGAGCCACUGGCCGCGGCGCUAGGCUUGGCCCUGCCGGGACUUGCCUUGUUCAGACAACUAGGCUCAUGGGGCGUCUCCAGGGACACUGAUAGCACCAGACUGCUGCACCGGGCAAGUCGCCCCGACGCUUUCGCCCUUAGCUACGCGGCAGCACUGCCCGCAGCCGUCCUGUGGCACAUACUCGAGAGCCUGUGGGUGCCAGGCAGCCAAGGGAGUUCGGGAGUGAUGCGACUACUACGCUGCCUAGGCCCUGAGAUACGUCGCUACCCGCUGGUUCUGGUCCUGUUGAUCUUGUCUUGUCUCGGGGAGAUGGCCAUUCCAUUCUUCACUGGUCGCAUCGCAGACUGGGUUCUACAAGAUGGGACAGCGACUGCCUUUACCACAAACAUAACUCUCAUGUCUCUUCUCACCAUAGCCAGUGCAGUGCUGGAAUUCCUGGGUGAUGGGAUCUAUAACAGAACCAUGGGUCACAUGCACAGCCGCUUGCACAAAGAAGUGUUUCAGGCUGUCCUUCGCCAAGAGACAGAGUUUUUCCAACAGAACCAAACAGGUGCUAUCACGUCUCGGGUAACAGAGGACACAGCCACCCUGAGUGAUUCUCUGAGUGAUAAACUGAACCUGCUGAUGUGGUACCUGGUACGGGGACUGUGUCUCUUGGGGCUCAUGCUCUGGGGGUCACUGUCCCUCACCAUGGUCACCCUGGCCACCCUGCCUGUACUAUUCCUUCUGCCUAAGAAGCUGGGGAAAUGGCAUCAGUUGUUGGCAGUACGUGUGCAGGAAUCUCUGGCAGAGUCUAGCCAGGUGGCUGUUGAGGUCCUGUCAGCUAUGCCUACAGUCCGGAGCUUUGCCAACGAGGAGGGUGAGAACCAGAGGUUUAGGCAAAAGCUGGAAGAAAUGAAGACACUCGGCCAGCAAGAGGCACUGGCUUAUACAGUCAACUCGUGGACCACCAGUAUGUCAGGGCUAUUGCUGAAGGUGGGAAUCUUGUACAUUGGUGGGAAGCUGGUGACAAAUGGGGCUAUAAGCAGUGGAAAUCUUGUUGCAUUUGUUCUCUACCAGACCCAUUUCACGUCAGCUGUUGAGGUUCUGCUUUCCUACUAUCCCCAAAUCCAGAAGGCUGUGGGCUCAUCAGAGAAAAUAUUUGAAUACCUGGAUCGGACCCCUUGCUGCCCAGCCAGUGGUCCUUUGGCUUCCUUAAACUUGGAAGGCUAUGUCCAGUUCCAAGAUGUCUCCUUUGCCUACCCAACCCAGCCAGAUGUCCCAGUGCUGAAGGGGCUGACGUUCACCCUUCGUCCUGGUGAGGUGACUGCUCUGGUGGGGCCCAAUGGGUCUGGGAAGAGCACAGUGGCUGCCCUGCUGCAGAAUCUCUACCAGCCCACAGGGGGCCGGCUGCUGCUGGAUGGGGAGCCUCUUCCCCAAUACGAGCACCGCUACCUGCACAGACAGGUGGCUGCAGUGGGACAAGAGCCACAGCUCUUUGGAAGAAAUCUUCGAGAAAAUAUUGUCUACGGCAUGACCCAGGAGCCAGGUAUAGAGGAAAUCACAGCUGCUGCAAAGGCGUCUGGAGCCCACAGUUUCAUCUCUGGAUUCCCUCAGGGCUACGAUACAGAGAUAGGAGAGUCUGGGGGUCAGUUAUCAGGGGGUCAGAGACAGGCAGUGGCUUUGGCCCGAGCAUUGAUCCGGAAACCACGGGUACUCAUCCUGGAUGAUGCCACCAGUGCCCUGGAUUCAAACAAUCAGUCACGGGUUGAGCAACUCCUGUACCACAGCCCCCAACGGCACUCCCGAUCUGUGCUUCUCAUCACUCAAUGUUUAAGCUUGGUGAAGCAGGCUAGCCAAAUCCUCUUUCUGGAAGGGGGCACCAUUUGUGAGGCAGGAACCCACCAGCAGCUCAUGGAGAACAAAAGACACUACUGGGCCAUGGUACAGGCCCCUAGGGGGGGCAGCUGCUCCAGAAUGACAGAUUUCAUGGACACUUCAUUUUCUUCCACUACCGCACCACCCCUUUUUUACCCUGGUGGAGAAUUUGAGAACACAGCAGAGUAG